AUGAGCAGUCGCAGCCACACCCGUCGUUCCUCGUCCCGCACAACCUCAAGAUCACACAGACUGCCAUCCACACUGCGCAAACAAACCGCACCGACGACUACGAGUGUCUCCAUCGUGUUUGCCGAACCGGAACAAGGGAGUCCGCUGGCUAGUGCGUUGACGAAGCUUCCUAUAGCUAGGGCUCCUGAGAUGGAGAUGGGGCAGGGGAUAACGAUUGCGGAUAUGGAUGGGAAGGAUGUGGAUGUGUUUGGGGACAGAUACUCUUUCUCGCAGGAGGAGGAUAUGUCGACUGAUGCUACGCCUUCUACGGCCACUAGCACACCGUUAUUUGAUGCCGUCGCCGAUGACGUCGUGCCCUUCCCUUCAUUACCACCCAUUAGCCAAGACAAUGCGUAUACUCCGCCCGCCACUCCGCCCUCUGAGACUGCCCAGGCCGUCUCAGAAUCAUCCACUCCUCCGCCUCCGCCGGUAACGUCUUCACCACGCUCAAAUUCAACAUCUACAUCCCCACCACCGCCAACCUCGUGGUUUUCCAGCUUCUCACGUGCCAAAGGCAGACACGCAAGCGCGAGCGCGAACGUGGUCUCCCCAACCCAAUCAGGCGAUCCAUCCAAGCGCACACCGUCGUUGGCCCCUAUUGAUUCACGAACGUUACCAGACGUACCUACGGACUCAUUACAGCCACCACCCAUACCCAUACCCAUCUCUGUACCACCACUCUCUGAGCUCCCGCCUGCACUUUGUAGGGAGGCAUCGACGUUGCAAGCUCUUCUUUCGGAUACUACUACUGCUACACAAGGGAAAGUGGAGCUGGGGUCGGAGUCGUUGAAUGACCUUGAUCACCCGGUAUCGUCAUCCCCUCAGGUUCAAUCACAAUCACAAUCUCAACCUCAAGGUCAAGAACAAGAACAAGUACAAGGACGUCCGUCGUUGGAUGAUCGUACAUCAUCGAUAGACGACCAGGUUCCUUCGUUGCCGAGCACACCAAUCUACAAUUCUCCCGCCCCGUCCCCUGCGCGUGCACGUGCGUCGGUGGUUCAACCGAUGGGGAAUCCCACGUCGACGAGGUUUGCGAUGCUUUUUGGUAGGGGUGGGGCUGGUGUUCCGAGGGGAGGUGAGAAGGGAUCUGGAGGUCCGAUGACGAGCGCUGGAGAGGUUUCGGGUCAAGAUCCAAUGUCGGGCAGUGCGAUUGUUCAAAGUGAAGAAUCAAAGCCGAUCGAUGCGGUUAUUCCCAGUCGAGAUUUGGAUUCGUCUCCGAUAAGUGCGGUUGGUCAGAGUGGGGAUUCUGCGGUUGUUCACAGUGAAGUCGGAGAUUCAACGAAGACUACUGCUUUUGAUCCAAGUGAAGAUUCGACGCUGGCAGUUGCGGUUGUUUUUACUCAAGGUAUUUGA